UUUGCAGAGUCUUUCGCUAGCUGAAUUCAGUUCUGAUGAUAAACUCAUUUUGCUGUUGGAGACUUCAUAAGCAAUUGUCCCCCACACUACAGCUUUUAACUUGCUAGAAAUGAUAUCAGAUUUUGAGUUUAUUAAUGGAGAACUUGCACAGAGAAAAGAUACUGCACAAGAAAGGGCAGAAGAGGAACAACCUGGAUGUGAGAGAGAAAUUCAUGGUUCAGCAGAGAGUAUUAGCUAUGAAGAAGCAAUUCAAAGGGAGCUGGAGUUCCAAAAAUGGAUAAAGAAGAGAACAUUGCCAUGUUCUGCUGGUUCUGAGUUGCCCCCUUCUUCACAGGACCUGCCAUCAGAACCCAAUCUUAUUGUGACAAGGAGAGAAGCAGUAUCUCUACCACUUCCACACAAGUUACUUCCACAGCCACAAUUUCAGGAUCAACAGGCUCAGCCAAUUCAUCUACAAUUUCGUGAUCAACAUCAUCGACCACCACAUCAUGAUCGGCAGGCACCCCCACGAAGACUGCAGUUUAAAAGACCUUCACCGCACCGGUUACAGCAUGUACGGCCACUGUUGCGACCUCCAUACCAGAAAACUUCACAACAGUUCGGAUUGCAGCAUAGGCAAACGUUCCCACGGGCACGACCACAGUCACAGGAUUGGCAACAUCCAUCAGAAAAACAAUUACUUGAUCAACAGCCUCAGCAAUUUAAAGCUCAGCAACCAUUUUCAAGCCAGACAGCGCCCUUGUGGUGCGAUGUAUGCAAGGUUCCAUGCAUGACUGCUUUCAAUCUGGCUCAACACCAACAGGGAAAGAAGCACAAGGCUAAGUGGGAGGAGGUACUUGGUGACAAGAACACAGAUAAGAAGAGGCCUCUGUGGUGCAAUGAAUGCAGUAUUCCAUGCAUGGGCGAAGCAGCAAUGGCCCAGCAUUGUGUUGGAAAAAGGCAUGCUGCUCGUCUCCUAGUAAUCAAAGCUGAGCAGAUGGAACGUGAACGGGUGGCCAUGGCAUCUCGUGGAGUCAGAGAGAUGGGAUUGAGGGUGGAUAUGGAUAAUGUUCAUGAUCCGUUAUAUAACUGACAAAGAGACCAACAUCAGUUUUUGAAGUGAACAAACUAAAUUGAUGGAUGUUGUUCACCAUUCCAA